UCUUCUUCUUUUUUACCUAGGCAGCUUACGCUUACCUCACACCACCAUCAUCUUCCUUCUACCACCUCUAGCUACAUUUAAUCGGUCGAGGUAGCCUUCUCCUCCAUUCCCCUAUAAAGCCCUCCGUUAUGUGACCACUCAUGGGCUCUCUCUCUCUCUCUCUCUCUCUCUCUCUCUCUCUCGUCUAGCUGCUACUAGCUCAUAGGGACACACUUCGGAGUCUGGAAGCUGGAGGAGCAAGCUCAGUUCAUCGUCGGUUGAUCUCCGUCUACCUAGCUCUACUUACUACAUCUAGCUCGCUCGCUUGCUUGGUUGCUGGGCAUGGACAACAUGACCCACAACUCGAGCAGCAGCAACUCCUGGGACUUGGACAUGAGCCUCGGCAGCCACCACCACCCUCUCCUCUUCGACCACCCCACCACGACUCCACCGCCGCCGCCACCGCCGCCAUUAUCCUUCCACCUCCACCCACCUCUUCCAUCACAGCAGCAGCAGCACCACCACCAGCUAGCCUUAGAUCAUUCCCCUCCCCCCUCCCUCUUCCCUCCUCACCACCUCCACCAUCUUGACUUGGCCGUCGACCUCCACCGACAUGGCCAUGAAUACCACCAGCAUCAGAACCAGCAGAGAGAUCAGCAGCACGACGAGAUGCAACAAAGGCCGCCGCCGCCGACGGAUCAGGAGGGUUCGCAGUCGCAGCUUCAUCAGCAGCACCAGGACGCCGUGGACGAGGCGGAGGAGGAGCUGGGCGCGAUGAAGGAGAUGAUGUACCGGAUCGCCGCCAUGCAGCCGGUGGACAUCGAUCCGGCUACAAUCAAGAAGCCACGCCGCCGCAACGUGCGCAUCAGCGAGGACCCGCAGAGCGUCGCCGCGCGCCACCGCCGCGAGCGGAUCAGCGAGCGCAUCCGGAUCCUGCAGCGCCUUGUCCCAGGGGGCACCAAGAUGGAUACGGCUUCCAUGCUCGACGAGGCCAUCAGAUACAUCAAGUUCCUCAAGCGCCAGGUCCAGGACCUCCAACACCAGCCUGCACCGCCGCAUCAGCAGCACUAUCCCGGCGGGGGCAGCAGCGGCGGCGCUGGGCCUAGUAGUACGGUGGCCAUGGCGGGACGGCCGGCCUUCCUGCCACUGGGUGCCGGAUCCCUGAUCGACUGGGCGGGGCUGACCAGGCAGGUGGAUAUCCACGGGCCGACGUCAUCGUCGUCCUCGUCCUCGAUGGGCGGCGCACUAGGUUUUGGGUUCAGCGGCGGCGGCGGUCAAAGCAGCCAUGGAAUGCACUGAGAAGGUUAGGUGAUGGGUGGAUUUAACUAGGGAUGGAUGCAUGGAUAUGAUGACUAGAGAGAGGUAAUUUUGAUUUAAUUUCUUCCUAAUUCUUCUUCCUCUUCUUGCGAGUUUGUGUACUGGAUGUUUUCUAUGAUGAAAUUAAGUUCAAUUUUAUGAGUAAUAAGAUUACCUAGGGUUUGUGCCAAA